AUGUCGCCACGCCUCGACGCUGAAUUCCUCGCCUCCCUGGCAGAGACAGGCAAGGCUGCGGGUUCGCGGUUCCCGUGGUAUAGAGGGGCAAUCAUUGGCCUCGGUGCCCUCAAUUAUCCUGAAGAAAUUCCUCCUCUUUACACGCAUCUGCUGGAACACUACAUUCCAGAGAAGGACAAGAAGCUGGAGACGAGGAAGAUCCUCGAGGGCCUUACGAAAGCGUCGGGGAUUGUUGGAGCAGCCAAGACGGGAAAUGCAGUUCGUCCGCUGAGUCUCGUCAUCCCCGAGCACUUGAAGGACGAUACCUGCUAUCGGCGGAAUGAGACUUUCGAGGAAGCGGCAAAGCGGGGUCGCACCCUCCAUACAAAGAUCUAUUCACGCAACCCGACCUUUGAUGACAAGAAGACCCUGAGAGCGGCGCCCGAUUACUAUUGGAUCGUGACCAAUCUCUUCUAUGGUUACAUCUUCUCGUUCGAUGACAUCCUCGACGACCUAGAAACGGGCCAUUGCAUCAUAUCGGCUCUGCUGGGCAUCGACUGCCAGGAGCAAGUGAGGAACCACAUGAUUGGCAUGCAGCUCAAUGGCGUGGAAAGGAAGGAGAUCGAAGCGUUUCGGAACGUGGUGUUGAGGCUAGCAGAGAAAUUAGGCGUGCAGUUCAAGAGCGAGCCGAUUCCAGUGCCAGAUGUGCCGGCAGGCGCUAAAAUCUAG